CUUCCAUGCAUCGCACGCGGUGCAUGACUUCCAUUUCGACACCCACCACUUCGUGCAGCGGCUCGAGCGCGAAGGUCUCAACCGUGCGCAAGCAGAAGGCAUAAUGGGUGCCAUGGCAGAGGUCAUCGACGAGAGCAUUCGAAACAUGACAAGCAACAUGGUUACGAAAGCUCAACAGGAGAAGGUGAGCGCACCACUGCCUUUCGCGGUACUGCGAGACUCAACAAAUGGGGCAAUUCGACCGCGCAUUUCUCAUUCGUCGUAUUAUACGCUUUCCAUUCCAGCAUCAAUACACCCAACAAGUCGAUUUCGCACAGCUGAAAUCCGAGCUGCAGCUUAUUGAGAAGAACGACCUCGCUUCUUUGAAGUCUGAUAAUGACCGCUUGGUUGCGGAUAUGGAGAAGCUGAAGCAGCGACUGCGUGAGGAGAUCACGCGUACGCAGGCUGGCGUUCGACUGGAUCUUAAUUUGGAGAAGGGACGGAUGCGGGAUGAGAGCAGCGGGCAGGAGCUCAAGAUCAAGGAGGUGGAUGCGAGAAUCGAACAGGAGAUUGCGAACUUGAGGACGACGAUUCAGCAAUCGAAGGCAACGACGCUGCAGUAUCUUGUUGGAUUCGUGACCGGUUGUUCUGCGCUUCUAAUGGCAUACCUGAGAUUCAGAGUAUAGAGCUUUGCAUCAUGCAUCGAUGUCGUUCGGUACAUUUGAACUCGGAGGGCCCUUCGAUCGUAUCAUAUGAUCUAAUUUAUUAUCGCUCUUACAUAAUUGUACAACUGUGAGUAGAUACUACGUCAUAUAUAGAUUCACAUUAAAACAGGCGCUUGGCAAA